AAGUUUGGAAUAAUGGAGCGAGUGGUGGAUAGGAUAGGAUAGUAGAUCCAAAACCAAAAGUGUGUGGUGAUUGAUGAGUUUGUAGCUUUGUGCUGUUACUUUCUCAUCACCCUAUUGCUCCGUCACCUGAGAGCUACAGUUUCAGCCCAUCGUAAUCUGAUCAUUGCGUCUGUCUGCAAUCUGGAUCAACCUACAUUCAUCACAAAGGUGUAUGAUCAUCGCAUUUCAUGCUGCUCACUUUAGACAUAAAAGUUUCCUUCAAAUUGUGGACAUCAAAGUGAUUUGUGAAGCAUAGAAUAUAAUAGAAUCAUGAUCCACCACACUCCUCCUUUACAAGUUAAAAACUGGAAAACAGCAGAAUUUAAUACCCCCUCUUCUCCUCUUCUGGAUAAAAGCUUCAUGAGAAGAUGGCAUUUGAAAGAUACAACAACUCCAUGUGAUAACAGAGGUCCAGUGUUACAAUAUCAUAGGCCUCUGAUCGACUACCAGUCGGUCCACUGUACGGCUAGUGGGGACCCGCUAGAUGAAGAUGAUGAGCUCUGUCCCGUUGAAUGUGUUAGAGAAAUAAAAAGGGACGAGGAACUACUUGCAGUUGUUGAAAAAGCAAAAAACGAUAAUACAUUGGUUGUGGUCGAUUUCUACCGUACUUCGUGUGGUAGUUGCAAAUAUAUCGAACAGGGUUUUGCUAAAUUGUGCAAAGGGUCUGGUGAUGAAGAGGCUGCAGUCAUAUUCUUAAAGCAUAAUGUGAUUGACGAAUAUGAUGAGCAAUCAGAUAUAGCAGAACGACUUCGAAUUAAGACGGUGCCUCUUUUUCAUUUCUAUAAAGAUGGAAUGCUAUUGGAAGCUUUUCCUACCCGAGAUAAGGAGCGGAUUAGAGCGGCUAUAGAGAAAUACACAUCACCUAUUCCUGCUGCGUCUCAAAACGCCUAGGGCAUUCUGGUAAUAUGGUUAUACUUAGCUAGCAAUUUGCAGAUAAUUCUUUGCAUGGUGCUAUAUAUAUAUAAUUGAUAAUGAUAAUUCAACCCAUGUUGCAUUGUAACAUAUAGAGAUUGUAUUCCAUCAGUAUAAGAUAUUACUCAUUUUUGUCAUUUAAUAUUCCUAUUUUGUGGGCUACAAAGUAGACAGAGAUAAAUGAGACCAUGAUAUAAAUGAAUAAAAGCAUAUUUUGUGACAGGAAAAAUCAAAUACAUAUUUGUUCUUUAAUUUUGUUGAA